CUCGUCCCAUCCUGGAUGAAGCGCUCACAGCGUACUGCAGGCUAUCCUCGCUCGCCGACGUGAUUGUGCAAUCUCAGAUAAAUCCCACAGGAUAUAAAUUAAUUUUUCUUUCGGCGACAAUUUGGAAAAACUGCAGAUCAGUCCCAAGUCAUGGGAAUACACUUGAUGGUCUAUUACAGCCAAUGUACCCGCGGGCAUGGUUCACAUGCAUCAUUGUUACCAAGCAGGUUCAUAUGUGCUGCAAAUGACAAUCGGCCUCGACGCAUCCGAUUCUGCAUGCCAAGCUGUGUACGCCUACCCUCCGCGAGCGCCACAUUACUCCAACACGCAUCAUCACACGACAAUCCAACUAGACUCGGGGCUGGCAUUCUGUCUUGUCGUCCUCUUGGACGUUGUCGACGUCGUCGACGUCGUUGCCGGCGCCUCGGCGCUCAACUGUCGAAUCACAACGCCCGGUGUGCGGCCCCGGUGUUACCCACCCGGCCCCUCUCGCCGGCCGGCGCCCCACAAAUCACGCCGUGCUUAAGCGCCGGCCCGCGUGGUCGGUCGACUGCCCGGGUCGUCAUCCUGUGCGCUGCCCCAGGCACACACCACAUGAUAAGCGUGCCACGAGCACAACACAUGGCUGCGAAUUCACCGAUCAGACUCCGGCUCACAGCAUUCCAAGCGCAUUGGUCUCAAACAACCGCCUGCUGCCCGCCUUUCUCGCGCAGCAAUGCAUGCGUUGUCUGAUGUGCACUUCGCCCGCGUUGGGUCGCAUGCCGAAGCAGCAGCCCGUUUCCGAGGCCCGCAUGCCACUAUCGACAGCCGUAUGACUUCAACCUAACGAGUGAAAUGGUGUGUGAGCAGGAGACUGCGGACAGAACCGGAAUAAGGUAGGCAAAGCAAGGCGAGGCAAGGUUAAUCUCGACUGCCC